AUGCCAUCCCCGAAGGUCAAGGCAGCGCGGCGCGCGGCCGCGCGCCGCGUCCUCGCCCUCCCGCUCCCCCCUCCCCUUCCCGCAACUCUCCCUCCAAGCACCCCGCUCGCCGGUCCGGGGCCGUCCAGCGCGCGAUGGUACGGCUCGGCUACCGCCCCGCGCCAGUCCGCCUUCUCCGACUUCUUCUCGCGCCGGCGUCGGCGGGCACCGCAGCAGGAGGAAUCACCCGCCGCGGCCGUGCUGGCGUCCCUCGCCUCGGGGAGGACAGGGGCCAUCAACACCGCGUACUUUGCGCUCUUGGACGCCCGGCGCCAGCUGUCCGCCGAGGACGCCGCGAGCGUAAUGGAAGCCCUGGCGACACGUGCCGACCCACGGGCGUUCUCCCUCCUCGAGCGGGUGUACGCCGCCCUCGAAAGCGUGCACGGUGUCACCCCGAGCGAACGACACUACGCGGCGAUGAUCACCGGCCUCGCGACGGCCGGGCGCGCGCGCGACGCCUUGGCUUUCGCAAGAGAGACGGGCAGCCCCGUGCCGUUUGACGCCGUUGCAGCUGCCGCGGCGCUGCACGAACCCGACGCGUUCGACGAGGUGAUCACCGCUGCGAAAGCAGCAGGGCAGCUGAGCGAGCGGCUGUACGCACCGCGAUUCGAGGCGCUGCUCGACCGGCGGGCCGCCAAGAGCAUGAGCGACGUCGACGCCAUCGCGGCCGCGAUGGACAGCGACGGGCUGACUCUGGGCCCGUGGUGCGAGGUGUCGCUCGCGCGCGUGUACCUCGUCCUCGGGGAGAACGAGCGCGCCGCCGCGCUCGUCGGCAGCUGGGCGCCCGAGACGGCCGAGCCCGAGCUCGCGCCGGCGCUGUACGACGCCGCACUGGCAGUGUACAUGGGUGUGGGGGACACGGCGGCCGUCGAGCGCGUCGUGGCUGCCAUGUCGCGCACGUUCGGCACCCCCGGCGGCGCGUACCCCCGUGCGCUCGAGUACCUUGUCCGGUCACGACUGGGCGGCGACCUGAGCAGCGCGAACAGCAUCAUUGAGGCGGCUGACGCCGUCGGCCGCGCAUCUGCGCGCGACCUGCCGCCUUCGGCGUGGCAGCGGGUCAUCCUCGGCGCGCUCGAGGGCCCAGGGGGCCUGCAGACCGCGUUCGAGGUGUACACUGCUGCACGGACCCGCGCGACGGUCAUCGACGCGACGCUUGCGCAGGCGCUCGUCGAGGCGCUCGCGUGGCCUCCUGCUGCCGAGGGUAGCGCGCGCGCGACCCCGCGGCUCGCCGAAGCCAUGGAGGUGUACGGCGACCUGAUUACCGCUGCCGACGGCGACCGGAGCGUCGAGGCGCUGCAGCCCACCGCGCGGCUGUACCUGCCCCUCCUGCGCGCGUGCGCGGCCCUAGGGACGGAGGCGCACGCAACCGCGCUGCAGCUCCUCGCCGACAUCAAGGACCGCGGCGCGCACUUCCCCCCGGUCAAGAACCGCAGCCACCAGAUCACGGAGCUCAUCGUCGACCUGAUGCGCAGCGCGGGCGGCCACCCCGAAGCGCACGCAGCGUACCGGGCCGUGCGCGCGGCGUGGCCGUACCCGCUCUCGCGGGCGCAGCACGACACGAUCGUGACGCAGUUCCUCAAGCUCGAGUACCCCGACUCUGUCGUCUCCAAACCAGAGUUUGUCUUCUCCCUCAUGGACGACAUGCGCGCAGAGGGCUACCACCCCGGCACGCUGGUCCUCACGACCCUGCUGAGCAAGUACGCUGCGCUGUGCAAGCGCAUGCAGAGGCAGUACAGGGACGCGCCGGCCGAGCUCUCGUUCCGCCUGCAGGCGCUGCUGUCCGCCACGCGCGACGUGCAUUCGCUCGUGUCGCUCGACGCGCUCAUCGAGGUCGACGUGCCGCUGCUCACGGCGCUGAUGGACGCGCUGUCCAGCGCAGGCGUGUACGAGGAGGCAAUGGAGGUGUGGGACCAGAUUGUGCGCCGGCGCGAGGGCACGCCGCCCGAGGACGCGGCCCGCCUCUUCGGGCCGGCGAUCUCCGUCGCCCUCGACACGUGCGGGUUCUAUGGCAACCUGCCGCGCGCGCGCAAGAUCUGGCACUGGGCCCAGCGCCACGACCUCCGCACCGACCGCCACUACCUCGCCUGGGUCGAGUGCCUGCUCCGCUGCGGCAAGCUCGACGAGGCGCUAGACGUCAUCACGGGCAUGUUGCGGCCCAGCAAGGAGAUUGCCGCGCUGCCGCUCAAGCUGUACCGCAGCACUGAGGACAUUAAUCUUAUCAGGGAGAGACUGAGUGAGCGUUUCCCCGAAUGGUGGGACGAGCUCGCUGCCAGUGUCAACCUGUAA